CUCGUGCGUCGUGGACACAAAAUUGAAAUCGCUCUGUUGCCGGAAACUUGCACGUGGCAACGCCUUAAAAUAACCAAAACGUAGCUCGGCAAUUUUAAAUAUAAAUGAAACCCCAAAUGAAAAAGGAAAUUAAACAAAUAGAAAUGUAGCAAACGAUUCAAUUUCAACAAAGGAUCUAACAAAAGCACCAAACAAAAGCAAAUAAAUGCUGAACCCGUGAAAAGUGAAAGCAAUUGAAAUUCGACCGAAAUAAAAAAUGAAAACUUGAAAUAAAAUGAUUUGUUGGUGCGCGAUAUAUGAAAUAUCAACAAUUUCGGCCAAACGGUUUCCCGAUACCAUAUACAAAAGAAGUGAGUGUGCGUGUGCAAUUGUGUGAGCACCUACAAAGCAAAUAAAAAAGGAAAUAACAGCGAUAAGGGACGAAAAGGAUACGCGAGCUUAAAAGAAAAGGAUUUUCGACAGUCCCAGCUGACCGGAGAGGAAACAGGAGCCCAGAGUCCCCGGAUUAUUUUCCAGCCAGCAGUCAGGACAAUAAAACUGCCAGUGGUCAUAAAAAAUAACAACAGCUGUAUACAUGAAUCCGUGUAUAUAGAUCGGUGACUUUUCCAAGCAAAAUGAUCGCCCGGAAACUGGCGGCUCGUCUCAUCAACGCAGUCCUGCAGCAUAGAUAGUCUAAAUGACCAGAAGGAGAGCACAACGAUCCAGAGCCACAUUCAAAUAGGUGAAGACAUAUUAAGAAUAGCUCACCAGGUCGAGGAACUCCGAAGCUCCGCUCUGCCACAAUGGGGGAAAGCCAGUUGCUCCUGUUGCUGCGGCUCCUCCUGCUACCCGUCGUCCUGCUCGGCUGGACGAGAUGUGCAGAGGCCUCCACCUCGGACAUUUACAAGAAUGCGCGACUGGGACAUCGCAUCGUUCAGACGCGCUAUGGCCGCCUGCAUGGACUCAUCCUGCCGCUGGACAGCUUCCGGUUCCUGCGAUCCGUGGAGGUCUUCCUUGGAGUGCCAUAUGCAACGCCACCCACCAAACAGAAUCGGUUCAGUCCCACGCGAGCUCCAGCGCCUUGGGAUGGAAUUCGCAUCUCGGAUAAGUACAGUCCCGUCUGUCCACAACGCCUGCCCAAUAUUCAAAACGAAACGGCGGCGCUGGAGAAGAUGCCCAAGGGUCGUCUGGAGUACUUAAAGAGACUGCUGCCCUUCCUGGAGAAUCAGUCCGAGGACUGCCUCUACUUGAAUGUCUUCUCCCCGGUCAAUGCCGGUGCGAAUGAGAAGAAAUUGCCAGUGAUUGUGUUCAUACACGGCGAAUCCUUCGAGUGGAGCAGCGGUAAUCCCUAUGAUGGCAGUGUCCUGGCCAGCUACGGAGAAGUUGUGGUUGUGACCCUCAACUAUCGGUUGGGGAUCUUAGGUUUCCUUAAUGCCAAUCCCAAUCCCCAUGCCCAUGCCAGGGUGGCCAACUAUGGCCUAAUGGAUCAGAUGGCUGCCCUCCAUUGGAUCCAACAGAAUAUCCAAAAGUUUGGAGGAGAUCCCAACUCAGUGACCUUGGCGGGUCAUGGUACAGGGGCGGCAUGCAUCAAUUAUCUGAUGACAUCGCCAACUAUGGUCCGUGGUCUCUUCCAUCGGGCCAUCCUAAUGUCGGGCUCUGCUUAUUCGUCCUGGGCUUUGGUUGAAGAUCCUGUACUAUUUGCCAUCAAACUGGCCAAGGAGGUGAAUUGUACGAUACCCGAGGACAUUAAUAGGCAUCACGAACAGAUUGUCGACUGUCUAAGGGAUGUGCCCCUGGAGGAUCUCUACAGUGCAGACAUUCAGGCGCCAAACUUUCUUACAUCCUUUGGUCCUUCGGUUGAUGGCGUUGUCAUACGACCCGGACAUUCCAAUCUCGAUAUCGAUGAUUUAAUGGCGCGCAACUCGAGGCGUUCGUCAGCGGAGUCUGACUUCCAGGCGAACGCCGGUGGUUCCGGCGGCGGUGGUGGAGGCGGCAAUGGUUUCGGCGGCGGAGCCUUCGGCGGUGGUGGAGGUGGUGGCGGUGGCUUCGGUACGGCAUUCGGCGGGGGAUACACUGGCGGAGGCGGUGCCGGAUCGGCCAGCAUGGGCGGUCACUAUGACGUCCUGUUUGGCGUCGUUACGGGCGAAUCGAUUUGGCGCUUCAGUGCCCACGACAUUCAAAAUGGUUUCGAGGGCGAGAGACGCGAUAAAAUUAUCCGCACUUAUGUCCGCAAUGCCUACAAUUAUCACCUCAAUGAGAUAUUCUAUACGAUCGUCAACGAAUACACGGAUUGGGAUCGCACCUCACAGCAUCCGAUCAACACCCGGGACACGGCAGUGGCCGCCCUAUCCGAUGCUCAGUUCGUGGCCCCCAUUGUGCGAGCCGGAGAUAUCCUGGCGGCCAACUCUCCGCCACCAGUAAGCUCCUCAGCGCCCUCAGGCUCAGGAGGUGGCAAUGCGGCAGCCUCCACAUCGGCAGGGUCCACACAGCCCGCGGGUCGUUGUUAUUUCUACGUUUUUGACUACCAGACCAAGGACGGUGACUAUCCCCAGCGGAUGGGCACGGUGCAUGGCGAGGACUUGCCCUACAUCUUUGGUGCCCCGCUGGUUGAUGGUUUUAGUCACUUCCCGCAAAACUACACCAAAUCGGAGACGGCUCUGUCCGAGGCGGUGAUGAUUUUCUGGACGAACUUUGCACGGACCGGCAAUCCAAACGAACAUCAUCGCCAGGACUCCUCGUUGCCCGUUUCAAAGGAGCGUAACCGCUUCCGCAGCAUCACCUGGGAAAAUUAUGAUCCGCUGCAUCAAAAGUAUUUGGAAAUAGGAAUGAAGCCGCGCAUUAAGAAUCACUUUCGGGCCCAUCAACUCUCGAUUUGGCUCCGUCUGAUACCAGAGCUCCAUCGCGCCGGCAUGGAGGAUGUGAUAGCCAGGCACAAUCUGUUCCGCAAUCACGAUGAUAUGGACCUGUACGAGGGACCCGUUAAGCCGGAUCCGUUCGGCAUAUCAACAUCCACAGGAACCGCCGGCUCCUCAUCCUCGUCCUCGUCCUCGUCGCGCCUCCUGCUCAUCGAUGAGCAAUUGAUGAUGAAGAAGGGACGCGGCCUGAAUGCCUCAGCCUAUUUGAACGGCAUAUUGGGCGUCACCACCGUUGAGCCGAACAACAUGUAUACGACCUGUAUACCCAUCGGUGGAAACUACUCGGGUGGCGGUGGUGGUGUCUUUGCACCCACCACCCUGGCGAAUGCCUCCUCGGACACUCUGGCCUCUGGUUUCGAGGCGGCCGGAUAUGCAGCCUAUUCCACGGCUCUGAGUGUGACAAUUGCCAUCGGUUGCAGUCUGCUCAUACUUAAUGUCCUCAUUUUUGCCGGCGUCUAUUACCAGCGGGAUAAGACGCGGUUGGAGGUGAAAACCCUACAGAAGCAGUAUCAGCAACGUAGCCUACACCAGCAGGUACCAUAUCCACCCGAACCCAUCAAGCAUGCCCACUACCACAUGGGUCACUCGCAGAGCUCCGCCAAUGUCAUUGUGGACGUGGAGAGUCAUCAGGAUCAGGCGGGUCAGGCGGCCAUGUUGUUGCAAGCAGCAGCAGCGGCGGCAGCAGCGGCAGCCAACGAUGUGAAGGCACCGCCACCGCAUAUAUGCUCCAAUACAGGCAUGCAACAGCAGGUGGGCGGCGGCAGCGGUGGUGCUUUGAACAAUGGCGGUAUUGAGGGUGGCAAGGUGACCACCGACACCAUGGGCAAUGUCACCUACAGCACCAGCUCCAAGCAGCAGCAGCAACAUCAACAGCAACAGCAGCAGCAGCAACAACGUGAGCAUAUGCAAAUCAAGGGAAUGACAGGCACGCAAACCUUUGGACGCACUGGCUCCGGUUCGGCAAGUGGAGUUGGCGGUGGCUCCUCUUCUGGCGGUGCCUCCGUUGUGGUCUCCGGCAGCAGUGUGAGUUACAAUCCUGGAAUGAUGACGCUGCCCAAGUCGGGGGGAUUGCAUCAUGCGGCCACUUUGAACUAUGCACGCAACACGGCCGCCUUGAAUUUAGCAGGCGGCGGCACUGCUCUGGUGGAUAGUCGCGGGAAUGUCCUGCUCACGAGCACCGCUGUGGGUCCUGGUGCUGGCGGCGGAUCCUCUGGAGGCAGUGGCAGUGGUGGUGGUGGUGGGGACUGCAUGACGCUGCCACGUAAUCUUAACCUGGCGGGCGCAGGACGACACAAUCCCACGACAGCAGAACUUCAGCAAUAUCAACAGCAGCAGUCGAGCAAACAUCAGGCCAACGGAGCUGUCCUCACUGGAAUGCAAUCGCACCACAUACGCGGACCACGACCUCCGCUUCGUACCGCCUCCUCCACAACCACCAACAGUAGCAGCACCAACUCGGCAAUGGGCGUGGCCGUGGGCGGUGGUGGUGGCAAUAUUCUACUCGAUCAAACGCCUUCCGGUGGCAGCAGCAGCAGCGGCGUGAGCAGUGCUCCAAGCUCCUCAAAGGGGCAUCACACCCACUCCCAUUCGCAUGCCGCCCACCUGGUGCAUACGCAUGGCGAGGGCAUGGUCCUGACCUCCGCCUCUCCCGUCAGUGUCCAGCAGCAUCAGCAGCAACAUGCACAGCAGCAGCAGCAACAGCAGCAGGUGCCGCAGGCAGCAAUGGACGAGAUGCGCGUCUGAUAGGUAUCGGUCUUUGAGUUGGACUUAUAGUCAUCAACGGGCUCCAUAGAAACACUGCGAGCGGAAACGCCCGAGGAGUUCUAUGCACCGAAACGGGCGGAUGAUGACGUCCAACUCAAUGGGACACCAACCGAUGUGAACGCAGC